AGUCCGCGGCCCGCACCUCCAUCAUCAGGCCCACACUUGUGACCUGCCACCAGCCAGCGACCCGAGUCCGUCGUCUUCGAAAGCUUCAAACCUCCCUCUCCUCCCCCUCUCGCGACGACAACAGAGUCCACUGCCAAACCACACCAAACAACAGCCCCGAGUCCGUUCUGCGAGCUGGCCUUCGCCCUGCCAGCAGCCAUGGAGCAGCAAUGGCAACCAUACUCCGACUCUGCCGCCAGCGGCUCGUCCAGGAGAUACAACAACGGCUCCGGCCAAAUGUCCAUGUCCCCCAGAGACUACACCAACAACGGCCCGGUCCAGGCGCAGCAGCAGCCGCCGGCCGGAUUCAAGUAUGAUCCGUACCAGGCCGGCCUGAACCCAAGCGCGCAACCACAGUCCUCCUCAAUUUCCCCAAUGACGUCGUCCCAGUCGCGCGACGCCAACGGGGACGUCGCCAUGCAGGAUGCCCAUGAUCCAUACUCGUCCCAGAACCCUACCAUCAAGUACCCCCUGAGGCCGCAUCACUCCCUCUCCGGUGGUCGCCCGGCCAGCCUCAGUACGUCCCAAGAGCCAUCUGCUGCCGCGCAGCGAUACUCGCCCAUGGAAGCUCUCUCGCCUGCCUCCCAAUACCCCAAGGGAAGCCAAUUCUCCCCCGCCCAACGUCAAUCCCCUACGCGACCGACCGAAUAUGCCCCGCCGCAACCACAACAGCAGCAACAGCAACAGAACCCCUACUACUCCAGCCGUCAAGCAUCCCAACAGCUUCCCCCCAUCAACCCAUACGCACCCGCUCAACUCGACCACAGCUAUCCAAACUCGGCCGUCAGCUCUACCAUGGACGGCUCUUAUAUGGACCCCAAGUCGCCGCCAAGGCGCAUGAACUCUCAGUCGCAACAGAUGCCCAUGCCCGAUAAGACCCCAGUCCCCGAGUUUAGGAAAAUACGAGGACCCCAGGACCUACGACCAAAGAUUAAUAAGCAACCGGCUCAUCGACGAGCUAACCCGGAAGGCGGCUUCAUCAGUCCCCUCCAAGCGCUAACAGUUCACCUUCCUGCCACUUACCGAAUAUGCAACCCCGGCUUCAAGUACGAGUCGUCUAGGAACCCUCGGCGCGUUCUUACCAAGCCUAGCAAGGGAGUGAAGAACGACGGCUAUGAUAAUGAGGACAGCGAUUAUAUCCUCUAUGUAAACGAUAUCCUGGGCUCGGAGGAGGCUGGUCAUAAGAACCGCUACCUGAUUCUCGACGUCCUUGGCCAGGGUACCUUUGGCCAGGUCGUAAAAUGCCAGAACCUGAAAACACAAGAAGUCGUUGCGGUCAAGGUUAUCAAGAACCGAACAGCUUACUUCAAUCAGAGCAUGAUGGAAGUGUCUGUUUUGGAUUUGCUCAAUACAAAGCUCGACAAGAAUGACGACCACCAUCUUUUACGUCUAAAAGAUACCUUCAUUCAUCGGCAACACUUGUGCUUGGUAUUCGAGUUGCUUAGUGUCAACUUAUACGAGCUUAUCAAGCAAAACCAAUUCCGAGGCUUGAGCACGACACUGGUCCGCGUCUUUGCGCAGCAGCUGCUGAAUGGGCUUUCCCUGCUCAACAAGGCGAGACUGAUCCAUUGCGACCUGAAACCCGAGAACAUUCUUCUGAAAAACCUCGAGAGCCCAAUCAUCAAGAUUAUCGAUUUCGGAUCCGCUUGCGACGAACGGCAGACUGUCUAUACGUACAUCCAGUCCAGAUUCUACCGAUCACCUGAGGUGUUGCUUGGUUUGCCUUACUCUUCGGCCAUUGAUAUGUGGUCUUUGGGAUGCAUUGUGGUCGAGCUAUUCCUGGGUCUUCCCCUCUUCCCCGGUUCUUCCGAGUACAACCAGGUGUCACGAAUUGUCGAGAUGCUAGGAAAUCCUCCAAACUGGAUGAUCGAGAUGGGCAAGCAGGCAGGAGAGUUCUUCGAGAAGAGGCAAGAUGAAUUCGGCAGGAAAACUUACCAUCUGAAGUCUAUGGAGCAAUACUCUCGGGAGCAUGGCACGAAGGAACAACCUAGCAAGAAGUACUUCCAGGCCAGCACGCUGCCCGAGAUUAUCAAGACGUACCCGAUGCCGAGGAAGAACAUGAAGCAGUCGGAGAUCGAUCGAGAAAUGAACAACCGUAUCGCAUUCAUCGAUUUCGUUAGGGGUCUAUUGACGAUCAAUCCGUUGGAAAGAUGGUCGCCUCAACAAGCGAAGCUACAUCCUUUCAUCACCCAGUCCAAGUUCACUGGACCAUUUGUGCCGCCGAUGAACCUCAAGUCAAGUUCGCUCAACAGAUCACCAGCCCCAGGAACUCAACAGCAAAUACAGGCCGAGGCGUUCAGCAAGCAAAAGGCGCAACAAGCCCAAGCCAACGCCAUUGCCGCAAACCAAGCCCAAAACCCUUACGGGUCGAUGGCCACUGGACAGCAGUAUCCCCAGCAGGCCCAUGCGCAACCGCCGCCCUUGUAUUCCACACCCAACAACAUGUACGCUCCUAGCGGCAGCAGCAGUCACGCUAGCGCGCCUCCUCCAUACGGCUCUCAGCAAGGCGCAUACCCUCAACAAGGCAUGCCCCAACAACCGCAGCAGCAGGUACCGCAAGUACAGAUGCCUCCAGCGAACUACUCGGGUGUGUCCCAGUCGAGUCUGUACGCCCAGCAACAAGCGGCAGCGGCGGCCCGCCAGAGGCAACGGUCUUCGACAAUGGAGCAGCAGCAAAGUGGUAUUCCCGUGUCCAUCCAGCGCGUCGCGAGCCAUCUCGACCCCACCCAGCCCAUCCGUCUGCAGCCCAGUCCGGCCUACUACCCGCCGCCACCAGACGGUCUCGCGGGAAUGGACUCGCAGCCAAGCCAGAGGAUGCCGAGGAGGGGAAGCCGCGCUCAGCAGUCUGGACGGGCCCAAGGUAACAACCGCGACUUCAUCAGGAACUUGGAGGAGAGAACGUUGGAGGAAGGGUUUAUGGGUGGUAGCGGUGGUGGUGGAGGUCAGGGUCAAAGUCCAUGGCAUUAAGCAUAGAGUUGAUGGGUCAGGGGAGGUGGUUUGUAGUUGGUAGGGAAGCGGGUUUUUCGUUGUAGUUGUUGUACCAUUCAGUUUGUACUCACAGAUAC